GUGUGUGAGACUGUGUGUGACUGUGUGUGACUGUGUGUGUGUGUGUGCUCCAUGAUGAUUGCAGGUUAUGAGCAUGAGGUGCGGACAGCCCGUGUGAAGUUGUGGGUCACAUGUGUUGCUGACUGUCCGGGCUGCGAGCAGCGGCAGCAGCAGCAGCGCGGCUCCUCUGGGCGGACACUUCCACUGUAACCACCGCCUCUUUCUCCAACUGCACUGGGACGGAUUUAUGCCUCGGCUUUUUUUUCCUUUUUUUUUUUUUUGUAUGUAUGACCGCCCGUCCGCCCUCCAGGACCCCGCCAGGACGGUGUGACCGCGCCGAAGCAGUGUGAAGACAACAUGGGAAGCCGCGAGGGCCCGAGUCGAGCGACGGUUGGGUCGAAGAAGUAGUCCCGUCUUCUCGUCGCCGGAGAGGGAAACUUAAAGCAAGGGCUUGUUUUUGGACUCGCACCUCCUCCUCCUCCUCUCUCCCCUCUCCCCUCUCCCGUACGAUUUGAUUCAAAGGCAAAAAGCAAGAUGGCCGCCGAUUCCGUGCAGGGGGAUGCCAGGGGCCAGCUGGUGGCGGAGCGACUAGGCCUGGGACACAACCUGGACCUGUCCGACACCAUGGUCCAACAAAAGCUGGACGAGAUCAAGGAGCAGAUCCGCCGCGAGAUCCGCAAGGAGCUGAAGAUCAAAGAAGGAGCAGAGAACCUGCGCAAGGUCACCACAGACAAGAAGAGCCUGGCCUAUGUCGAUAACAUGCUGAAAAAAUCGAAUAAGAAAGUUGAGGAGCUUCACCAGGAGCUACAAGAGCUCAACGCCCACAUUGUGGUCAAAGAUCCUGAAGAACUGCUAGAAUGCCCUCUGACUCCAGAUACCCCCAACAGUGAGGCCAGAAUGUGCACGAGUAAUAGCCGCCUCGCCGCCCUGAAAAGACAGAAUGACAUUGAGCUCAAGGUCAAACAGGGCGCUGAGAACAUGAUCCAGAUGUACUCCAACGGACCCUCCAAGGAUCGUAAGUUGCUAGCGACGGCCCAGCAGAUGCUCCAGGACAGCAAGACGAAGAUAGAGUUCAUCAGGAUGCAGAUCCUCAAAGCCAGCCAGGCCAGCGAGAUGAGCUUUGAGAGCAACGACGUGAUGGAAAAGCCCAUCAUCAGCCCAUUGGACCUGCGGGUGGAGGAGCUGUGUCACCACGCCAGGAUAGAGUCGGCUGUGGCCGAGGGAGCCAAGAACGUCAUGAAACUCCUGGGCUCUGGAAAAGUCACGGAAAAGAGGGCACAUUCAGAGGCCCAGGCUCGGUUUAACGAGUCCAGUCAAAAACUGGACCUCUUGCGAUAUUCCUUGGAGCAGCGCCUCAACGAGUUGCCUAAAAACCACCCGCGCAGCAGCAGCAUAAUAGAGGAGUUGUCCCUGCUGUCGUCGCCGGCCCUCAGUCCCAGAUCCAGUCUCAUCUCCACACAGAACCAGUACAGCACCGUCACUAAGCCGGCUGCACUCACAGGCACGUUAGACGUCAGGCUCAUGGGCUGUCAGGACCUUCUGGAAAAUGUCCCAGGUCGUUCCAAAGCUGCGUCUGUCCCGCUGCCCGGCUGGAGCCCCAGCGAGACGCGCUCCUCCUUCAUCAGCAGAGCCAACCGAAACCGCGGCGUGAGCUCAAGGAACGUGGCGAAGAGUGAGGAGCUCUCCAAUGAGAUCGGUGCAGUGUUGAAGCUGGACAACACGGUCGUCGGCCAGACGAGCUGGAGGCCAGUCAGUAACCAGGCCUGGGACCAGAAGUUCACAUUGGAGCUAGACCGGUCACGUGAGUUGGAGAUCUCGGUUUACUGGCGCGACUGGCGGUCGCUCUGCGCUCUCAAGUUCCUGCGGCUGGAGGACUUCCUGGACAACCAGCGUCACGGGAUGUGUCUCUACCUGGAGCCACAGGGGAUGCUGUUUGCUGAGGUAACAUUUUUCAACCCCGUCAUUGAGAGACGACCAAAGUUGCAAAGACAAAAGAAGAUUUUCUCGAAGCAGCAAGGUAAAACCUUCCUGCGAGCCCCUCAGAUGAACAUCAACAUCGCCACCUGGGGCCGCCUGGUGAGAAGAGCCAUACCAACUGUCAGCACCAACUCUUUCAGCCCACAGGCUGCUGAGACUGGACCCAGCAGUCUGCCUGGCUCGCCCACACCGUGCAGUGACCCGCUGGUGACUAAACUGGACUUUGACAAAGAGCCCACUCCGGGACCCAAACACUACCCCAUCCCUGAUGACCUGCGGGAGCCACUGGUGCAGGACAAGAUGCCCGACAAGGAGGAAGUACAGGACGCGCUCGCCUCGUUCGACUUCCUGAACAAGAGGAACAGCAUGGCGGUGAAGGGAGACCUGGACGGAGUGGUGGAGCCAGAGAUCCAGCACCCGGACCUGGAGCUCACUGCCUACCAGAAGGAUACAGACAUCAGGGAAGAGGAGCAGUUCCAAUUCAGCCUCCAAGACUUUAAAUGUGUGGCAGUCCUCGGACGUGGUCACUUUGGAAAGGUGCUAUUAGCAGAGUAUAAAAGCACCGGCGAGAUGUUCGCCAUCAAAGCUCUGAAGAAAGGCGAUAUCGUGGCUCGUGAUGAAGUCGACAGUCUCAUGUGCGAGAAGAGGAUUUUCGAGACAGUCAACAGCGUCCGCCACCCGUUCCUCGUCAACCUGUUUGCGUGUUUCCAAACACAGGAGCACGUUUGUUUCGUCAUGGAGUACGCAGCGGGAGGCGACCUGAUGAUGCACAUCCACGCUGACGUUUUCUCCGAGCCCCGGGCCGUAUUUUAUGCAGCCUGCGUUGUACUGGGUUUACAGUUCUUACAUGACCAUAAGAUUGUGUACAGAGAUUUGAAGCUGGACAACCUGCUGCUGGAUACAGAGGGCUAUGUAAAGAUUGCCGACUUUGGACUCUGCAAAGAAGGAAUGGGUUUCAGGGAUCGCACCAGCACCUUCUGUGGCACCCCAGAGUUCUUAGCUCCCGAGGUUUUGACUGAGACGUCGUACACCCGCGCUGUGGACUGGUGGGGCCUGGGCGUCCUGAUCUUUGAGAUGCUGGUUGGAGAGUCGCCCUUCCCUGGUGACGAUGAGGAGGAGGUGUUCGACAGCAUCGUCAACGAUGAAGUCCGCUACCCACGCUUCCUCUCGACCGAGGCCAUCUCCAUCAUGAGGAGGCUCCUGAGGAGGAGUCCAGAGCGACGCCUGGGAGCAGGAGAAAAGGAUGCAGAGGAAGUUAAGAGACAUCUAUUCUUCAGGAAUAUGGAUUGGAACGGACUGCUGGCAAAGAAGGUGAAGCCGCCGUUCGUGCCGAUCAUCCAGGGCGUCAACGACGUCAGCAACUUUGACGACGAAUUUACCUCCGAAGCUCCGAUCUUAACCCCGCCAAGGGAACCGCGAGCGCUGAGCUCUGAGGAGCAGAACAUGUUCUCUGACUUUGAUUACAUCGCUGACUGGUGUUAGCUUCACAUGACUCCUCUCUCUUUACACACACACACACACACACACAAACACAAACACACACACACACACACACACACACACACACACACACACACACUGUGAACCAACCAACACAGCAGUGACUGUAGCUCAUGUGUUUUUAAAACUCUUCUUCCCUGCCCAAAAUGUUGAGUAGGAGCAGCGGCGGACAUGGCUCCUCAAACCUUUGGGCAAAACCCUGUGCCAUUGAGAAGAAAGUGAAGACGCCUCCCGAGGACCCCACUUAUUUUUUUAAUCCACAUGAAGAACUUUUUUUCUUUCUUUUUUUUUUUUUUUUUUUUUUUUUUUUUUUUUUUUUUAAGUAAAAAGAACAAAAGAAACUCUGUUGUUGGAGAGUGAAGGAGGAGCGAUGCUCUUUCCUCCUGCACACGUUGUCUGACCACUGAGAAUGUUUUUCAUAUGAACUCUGAGAAGACGGCAACAGAUCACAAUCAUGUUAUUCAAUGUCGUCGUCGUCGUCUUUUUUUUUGAUCUGUACAGAUUAUAUUCAGUCGUAUAUUUUAUUGUCAUGUUUUAUUUGCAGAGCCCUCGCCAUAGCUUCAGGACGUUUUUAUCUCACUGUAAACUUUGACAUUUCUGCCACGGUCAGGUCUGAGACCGGGGUUCAGUGAAUUUUAACGUGCUCAAAGCAUCAACGCUGAACUGCAACAAACUACUGCUGCUGCUUCUUGACCUGAAGUGAGAGUCUUCACACUACAUUUCCUCGUGUGUCGGGGCCCAGUCCUCGCCCACAACCCAGAUUAACGCCCGUUCGUCCCUCACCGACACAAUAAUAUUAUUAAUAACAGCAGAACUGCAUGCUACAUGAGCUGUUAAAUGAAUUACCAUCAGUUAGUUAGUUAUUUGGAAACCUCAUUGGAAACGAUAAAUACUAUGAACAAACGAUGCAGAAGAUUUAAUAUACUUUUUUUCCUAAUGCCCCCUUGUGGCUCUGUAGCUCGAGGUUGAUAUUCGGCUCAACUCAGUUCUGAGGAUGUGAAUUUUCACGUGGUAUCGCAGUAUCUUUUUGAGGAAUGAAAUCAAAACUUGAUAUUAAUUUUUUUUUUUUGUCAGAGCUGAGUUCAGUUGCACAUCUGUCCCAGUUUUUUUUGAUUUUCAUUCCUUCCAUAAAUGUCCGGUUGUUGUGAAUCUGAGAACAAUCUCUUUAUAGUGAAGGAAAAAAAACACUAAAGUGAGUCGCACCAUUACAGCUACACAACCAAAUCCCUCCUGUUCCUCUUAUAGAAGAAAACAAACUUUUUUUUUCCUUUCGGGUCAAAGAUCAUGUGAGUUAAAGACUGAAAGUGUUUGUUUUUUUCUCAGACAAAAUGCCAUUUUAAAUGAUUCCCUCACUACUCUGAUUAUUUUCCAAGUGGACCCAGCAGAUGUUAAAUAUGAAUUGACUAUUGUGGCGGACCUGUUGAUAUGAAUCACUACAGGGGGAGGGUAGGGUGUAUUAUGUAUACAAACUAUGUACACAAUUAAGCUGAAAGCACUAAUUUUAUCAAGUUUUAAUUAUCUACGUUUAAUAAUGGAAAUAGGUUGUACAAAGUUUUUAUUUUUUAUUAUUCUUUGCUUGUGCAUGUUGUUGCCAGAACAGAUGAUAACUUUAUGGAUGGUACACAUACCCAAGUCACAACUGUUGCUGUUCCCCCGGUGUAAAAAAAAGGCAUUUCUGCAGUCGUUUUGUUUGUCGCCUAUCAUGAAUGCACAAAUUAAACAUUUGUAAUAGUG